CCGUGCCCCUGUCCACAGUCAAACUUUAGACAGGAUGGCGAGCCCAGCAGCAGCAACUGCCGCUGGCACGGCGGCCGUGGAGGUCGCUGCUCAGCAAAUAGCGAACUCGGUGCUACACAAUCGAUUCUUGGUGGGCCUGUUCAAGUCGCUCGGCGUGAUCCUGGCGUCGGAAAUUGGAGAUAAGACCUUCUUCAUCGCGGCCAUCAUGGCAAUGCGCAACCCACGCAUGACAGUGUUCGCUGGUGCUAUGGGAGCUCUGGCUGUCAUGACCGUGCUCUCAGCAGCGCUCGGCUGGGCGGCGCCAAACCUGAUUUCCAAGACGUACACGCACUAUGCGGCGGUGGCGCUGUUCUUCUUCUUCGGCCUCAAGUCGCUCUACGACGCCUUCCUGAAGAAGGACGACAACGAGGAGUCCGAGCUGGAGCAGGUGGAGCACGAGCUGAGCGACCUGAACAAGAAGAACGCCAGCACGGGCAAGGACAUGAAGGACCUGGAGAAGAAGAAGACCAACUUCAUGGUCACGCUGCUGGGCAUGAUCUUCUCCCAAAUCUUCCUGAAGUCCUUCACGCUCACCUUCCUGGCGGAGUGGGGCGAUCGCAGCCAGAUAGCCACGAUCGGGCUAGCAGCCUCGGAGGAUGUGUUCGGUGUCACCAUCGGUGGCAUCCUGGGCCACGGCGUAUGUACGGGCGCUGCCGUGCUGGGCGGACGCCACCUGGCCACACACAUCAACGAGCAGAGCGUGGCGGUCUUCGGUGGCGUCAUGUUCCUGCUCUUUGGCGCGCAUGCGCUGUGGACGGGGCCGUAAUCAGGAGGCUGCACACAUGAAGCCAGUUGGCGUGCCUGCGGGAAGCAGCCACAAUGGCGUUAGGCCGUGGUGUGUUUCCUGCUUCUGGGCAGGAGUAUGAGGUGGAGAGGUCUUAGAGUUGGCGUUCGGUAUGCUGGUGCGCGAGCAGCAGCAGCAGCUAGCAGCUGCGUGGUGUCAAGCGCGGCGUGCCGCAGCCGCGUGAAGGGUUCAGCUCUUUCAUGAGGCAGCGUGGCCCGGUCUUGGAGCGGCGACAGCGGCGGCGUAUGCUCCCGAAUGGAGCCGGAGGGCAUGGCGCUUCUGCGCCGCGUACUGCAGUUGCGCGCAAGCGGGUUGUGAGGCCGCACAGCUCCGCUGCAACCGGGGCAUUGCUGAUCGGGGAUUGCCGGCUGCUGGCACCGCUGCCAGUGAUCUGGAGCUCGUGCGGCGACGGCGGGCGCACGGAUUAGCCCAACUCCCAGGGCCAGCGACGGCGCCCGCCAGCUUGUGGUCAGCGGAGCUCAGUGCGGCGGGCAUGCGGCGGCCGGUCAGGUGCCGCUGGCGUGCGUGUGCCAGCAGCUGCGUGGCGUCACGUGCUUGCAGGGCUAAGGCAGCGUGCAUGUGUCAGCAGGUGUGGGGCGGAGAAGGACGGGGUCGGGCAGCUGGCGUAACUUGCGGCUGCGUGAGCUGUUGCUGCGAGCAACAAGUGCGUGCCUACAGCGCAGCGCGUGGGCUAGGAUAAGUGCGUUGGCGUUGGCGGCUGGCGAAUAAAUGGGACUGCAUCGGAUGCCAGAUGGCUCGUGGGAGGGCAGGAGGUGAGGUUGAGAGCGGAAGCCGGGGCGGAGUCGGUGUGGCGGAUGCGUGUGUGACACUAUGUUGGCUAUGACACGGCACUCCGUACGGCUGUCGUAUGGCUCGGUGGUCGUGGCUCGGUUAUAUUUUUGCGCUCGUGCACGGCGUUCAAAUGGCUGAAGAGCCGGGCGUCCAUGCAAAACUCCUCUGCUGGCCUUGUCAAAGCCCAAUCCGCGGUGGCACUGUGGCACGUCGGACGUCUUCGGAGGCUCGAUACCGUAUGCACGGUAACGAAGUGCUUGCUAGUGAAUGCGAAUGCAAGACGCCGUCGCGAGCUCCAGGCUAGCAAUAAACAGCACGAAAGAAGUUAGUGUCAGCGGCAAUGCGGUUACUUGUUACCUUCGAGACGAGACACCGGUGCGCGCUCCACGCUGCUCCGCCUUCGGCAUGCCAAACGGAGUCCGAGUGUCGUGGAGACUGCUGCCGCUUGCAGGGGCGGACGCGUUCCAGCUCGCAACUAGGCUGCUGCCAUUCGCCGCGACAACGCGAAACCCACAAAAUGCACGGUACACAGACCUCGGCCCACACGGGCGCAUAGGGCCGCCGCAACAGUGGAGGACCGGGCGAGUCAGCGAGUUGCAGUGGGGUUGAUGGCCAAGAGGAAGAGCGUGAUGGCCAAGAAGAGGCCACGGCCACGAUACCGUAAAUGGCGAG